GGUAAGAAUUUUCUUUGAAAUUACUUUUUCUUAUUCCUUUCCACUCUUAUUUCUGUUCUUUCUUCUUUCUUCUUUCUCUACACGGCAGAAUAGCAAGCAGAGCCCUCAAGAAGGACUAGACGUGAUGGUUGAAAUCGUGACGGAUACCGAAACUGCUGCAGAUGUGGUUCCACACAAUGAGACUCCGAACAAUGUUCCUGUCUCUCAUUAUUCCUCACAUCCCCCUCUUAAUGAGAGGAUUAUUUCAUCCAUGACCAGGAGAUCUGUUGCUGCACACCCGUGGCAUGACCUUGAGAUAGGGCCUGGUGCUCCAAUGAUCUUUAAUUGUGUGGUAGAGAUUGGGAAAGGGAGCAAAGUGAAAUAUGAACUGGACAAAAAAUCGGGGCUUAUUAAGAUUGAUCGAGUGCUUUAUUCAUCAGUUGUGUAUCCCCACAAUUAUGGAUUUAUCCCACGUACUAUUUGUGAAGACAGUGAUCCCAUGGAUGUCUUGGUUAUUAUGCAGGAGCCAGUUCUUCCAGGUUGCUUUCUUCGGGCCAAAGCAAUUGGUCUCAUGCCUAUGAUUGAUCAGGGUGAGAAAGAUGAUAAAAUAAUCGCUGUCUGCGCUGAUGAUCCUGAGUAUCGACAUUACACUGAUAUCAAGGAGCUUCCUCCACAUCGUUUAGCUGAAAUUCGUCGUUUUUUUGAAGACUACAAGAAGAAUGAAAACAAGGAGGUUGCAGUAAAUGACUUUUUGCCUGCCUCAGCUGCUUUUGAAGCGAUUAAGAGAUCCAUGAGCUUGUAUGCGGACUACAUAGUGGAAAGCCUGAGGCGUUAGCCGUUGAUACUUGGCACGGAUUUGGUUUGGUCGUCUUACUGGCGCACCGAUUGGAAGACAUUUUACUUGAAAGGCUGCAUCGUCGUCAUUAUGUAGUGCAAAAAAAAAAAAAAGCUUUGAAAUUUAGUCGCAUGUGCAUACCUCUUGAGCACAUGCAUAUAUUACACGUGUUUAAUUUGAACUGUUUCUACCUCUGCAUAGUUUACGUUCUCGCCUUACUUUCUAAUACUAGAACAACUGGUUUCAAGGUGUGUUGCUUUUUAUGGGCUUUGUUGGGAUGUUACGAAAAUAUAAGUGAAUACAAAUUACAAGAAUAUAGAAACAAACAUAAUAGCUCAUAAUUAUUAAAUUUUGCAUGAGUUUCUUUAUUAUUU